CACCCGUAGUGGAAGUCGGGAAGGGAACUGCCGUUAGUGUCUUUGUGAGGAGCAGACUCGACACGAAUGCUCUAGAAAUGGGUCAAUCACCGGACGAGAGCAAAGAACGAGGUCACUGGAGUAAUAAGUGGGAUUACCUCCUCUCGCUCGCUGGUUAUGCCAUUGGGAUCGGCAAUGUGUGGCGGUUCCCUUACCUCUGCUACAGGAACGGGGGAGGGGCCUUCCUGAUUCCGUACGUAAUAAUGCUGAUGUUGGUGGGUCUGCCUCUGUUUCUGCUCGAGUCAGCUGUUGGGCAGUUCAGCUCUUCGAGUUGUCUCACGCUUUACUCCGUCGCUCCUGCGUUUAAAGGAAUCGGUUUCUCCUCGCUGCUGGUGACCUUAAUCGCCAGCACCUACUACAGCGUGGUUGUGGCUUACCCUCUCGUCUACCUCUUCCAUUCAUUCAGCAGUCAGUUGCCUUGGGCUUCCUGCGACAACUACUGGAACAGCCCUCGUUGCGCGCUGUCUGCUACGACCAACUUCACUAAUUCGACGGAGACGGCAGUUUCAGCGGCCGAUGAAUUCUUUCACAACCGCGUUCUGGAGAUCUCUUCAAACAUCGACGACCCAGGCGGUUUCGUGUGGCCCAUAGUGAACACGACCCUCUUUGUUUGGACAUUUGUAUUCCUCUGUGUUUUCAGAGGUGUUAAAGUUGUCGGAAAGGUCGUGUGGUUCACCUCCUCCUUUCCUUUCCUGAUGCUGAUAAUCCUGUUCAUUCGAGGUGUGACGCUCCCGGGUGCCUGGGACGGAAUUUACUAUUACAUCUAUCCGGAUUUCAGCAAACUGGGGGAUCUCAAGGUCUGGGCAGACGCGGCAGUUCAGAUUUUCUUCUCGAUCGGCACAGGAUGGGGCUCCUUGGCCACCAUGGGGUCUUUUAAUAAGUUCCGCAACAACUGCCUCCGCGACGCCCUCUUCGUGCCCGUCCUCAACUGCGCCACCUCCUUCUUCGCCGGCUUCGUGGUGUUCUCCGUCCUCGGGUUCAUGGCGCACAAGACGGGCACCUCCGUGGAAAGUGUCACAGCCGCUGGUCCCGCCCUGGCGUUCAUCACGUACCCGGAGGCGCUGUCGCUCAUGCCCUUCGCGCCGCUCUGGUCCGUCCUGUUCUUCCUCAUGCUCUUCUUCCUCGGCAUCGACUCCAUCUUCGUGCAGAUCGAGAACCUGGUGAUGUCGGUCGUGGACGAGUUCCCUGUCCUACGCACCAAGAAGGGUUGGGUCACGUUUGCUGCGUGCGGGCUCAUGUUCCUCGGCGCUCUGUCCUGCUGCACGAGAGGCGGCUUGUACGUGCUGCUGGUGCUGGACUGGUACUCUGCUUCUGUCACGGUAGUGUUCGCGGGACUGUGUGAACUCAUCGUCUUUUCAUACAUAUAUGGGGCGGGUCGAACUGUCCGGGAUCUUCAGAUGAUGACGAAGAAAGCCGUAGGAAUGUUCUGGUACAUCGCCUGGAUCUUCGUCACGCCCCUCCUUCUCCUGUUCAUCUUCAUCAACUCCAUGGCCAGUAUGACAGCUGUCAGUUACCGUGAUGUCAUAUUCCCGUCUUGGGCCCAGAGCGUGGGUUGGCUCAGCGCGCUGGCCUCCUUCGCCGGCGGGCCCGCUUAUGGCAUAUAUUACUUCCUCGCGUCGAAGGGGUCUUUCUCCAAGCGCCUCGUGACCGGCAUCACGCCCACGAGCAACUGGGGUCCCGCCCUCGAGGAGCACAAAGCGGCGUGGGUGGAAUACGUCAGGUCGCAUCCCCUGCGUCACCGCCUCCUUCACCCGAGGUUCUCCCCCCGCGCCCCCUCCCCUGCGGCCACCUCGUCCCCUGCUGAGGCGAAACUCCUGGAACUCCACACCAGCGGUGGAGACUCCGCUGCCAGGGCGGGGAAUCCGGUGUGAGCGCCGGCUGGCUGCUCUUUCCAUUUUUCUGUCUUUUCAUGGGCGUUGAUAUGCAUACGUGCAUGUG